AUGCCGCUUGAGCGUGACCCUGGUCACUGCUCUGAAUCGCAGAUCGGAACAGGAAUCGCUGUCCUGGUGGCGGGCUGGCUGCAAACGCAACCAGCGACCUGCGGGCCUGCUGGCUGGUGUUGUGAGGGCCAGUACGGCGUCUGGACCAGCUGGACCUGUCAGGUCGCUUUUGGAGAUGAACAGCAACGGCCCUCCCACACAAAAACAGCGCCGCCCGUGAGGCCGAGGGCUGCGCUAGACGCCAGCUGGGCACGGCCCGGGACUUGCAACGCCCGCCAUUGGCUGCUUUGCGGCGCUAGUCCCGCUCAAGUCAGAUUGACGGUCAACUGGUGA